AUGGCCGUCGAAAGGAGUCGUUAUGUUGAUAUCGAUUGGAAAUCUCAUCGUGACACUUUAGAUGAUGUAUUUUUUACCGACGAUGAUGUCAUAAAGAGACGAAGCGAUCGCUACAAAGAUUUUUGGUUGUUUCUUGAGCGAUAUCAAAAGCAUCAGAGAAGAAAAUUAAAAACCAUUGAAGAAGUUGGCAGGAAUGAAAGGCCCAGACAAGGAGAAAAAAGGAAAGAAUCUUCAGUGCUUGAAUUACCAGAAACAUUUGAUAAAAGAUACAAAUUCAACAUUGCACUUGCCUCAAAAGAUGCAAGGACAUUGAAAAGAUUGCUACGAGGCAAAGUUGAUUACCGUGGCACACAGAGGGAUGAGACGAAUUCUUUGACCGUGAAUGACUUGUUGGAAUUCAAGUCGAUCAUUCUUUACUACCUGGACUUCAGCCAAAAACAGAAAUUCGCUAAACUACAAAAACUGAAGAGUGACCAAGCGAAUCUUCCCAUCAGCCAGUUUAAAGACACCAUCGUAGAGCACGUCAAAGACCACCAGGUGGUUAUCGUCGCUGGCGACACUGGCUGUGGAAAAUCAACACAAAUUCCUCAGUAUCUCUUGUCCGCUGGUUUUUCACAAAUAGCGUGUACUCAGCCCAGGCGAAUCGCUUGCAUAUCUCUCGCUAAGCGAGUCAGUUAUGAAACUUUAAACGAAUAUGGCUCAGACGUUGCCUACCAGAUUAGGUUUGAAACAAGCAAAACAAGACACACAAAAAUACUGUUUCUCACCGAAGGUCUAUUGUUACGGCAAUUAUCAUCGGAUCCUUCGUUGUCUCAAUACAACAUCAUCGUAAUGGACGAAGUUCACGAACGUCAUAUUCAUGGUGAUUUUCUUCUCGGGGUUUUGAAAGGCCUAGUUCAAGCCAGAAGCGAUCUCAAACUUGUCUUGAUGUCCGCUACCAUCAAUAUCGAGUUGUUUGCCUCAUAUUUCUCUGGAGCUCCGGUUAUCCAGGUUCCAGGUCGACUGUAUCCAAUAGAAGUGCGGUUUAUGCCGCCUUCAACAGAGUCUGCUGUCGUUCAAUCGCGAGCAUCAGAAAGACUGGAUCCUAGACCUUAUUUACACGUUCUUCAGUUGAUUGACAACAAGUAUCCAACCAACGAAAGGGGAGAUUUGUUAAUCUUUCUCAGCGGAAUGUCUGAGAUAUCGGCCGUCGUUGAUGCCGCUGAAGAGUAUGCACAGCAGACUCAAAGAUGGAUCGUUCUUCCUUUGCACAGCGCCUUGUCGAUUGAGGAGCAAGACAAGGUGUUUGAUGUUGCACCUGAAGGUGUCAGAAAAUGCAUCGUUUCAACGAAUAUCGCUGAGACUUCGGUGACCAUCGAUGGAGUCCGUUUCAUUGUCGAUUCCGGAAAGGUGAAAGAAAUGAGCUUUGACUCUCAGACCAAGCUUCAAAAACUGGAAGAAUUUUGGAUAAGUCAAGCUAGCGCUGAGCAAAGAAAAGGCAGAGCAGGUCGUACUGGACCAGGGGUCUGUUUUCGGCUUUUCGCUGAGAGCGAUUACGAUGAAUUCUCUCAAUACUCAACACCGGAGAUCCACCGUGCUCCCCUCGAUUCCAUCAUACUGCAGAUGAUAUCCCUCGGCAUCCCAGAUGUACGUAAUUUCCCCUUCAUCGAGCCACCGCCCAAGUCCUCGAUUGAGAACUCGAUCCACGUGUUGAGACAACAGGGAGCGCUGAAUAGCGACGAGGAAAUCACGCCGAUUGGUGAAAUGUUGGCGAAGCUGCCUGUUGACGUUGUCAUAGGCAAGAUGUUGAUAAUGGGCUCUGUAUUUCACAUGAUCGACCCAGUCCUCACGAUUGCCUCGGCCAUGAGUGUCCAGUCCCCAUUCACUCGUCGCUUUAGCAACGACCCAGACGUCAUGAACUCGCGACAGUCACUAGAAUCCGAACAUGGCGACCCGUUUACGUUGCUGAAUGCGUUUGACGAAUGGUUGCACGUCAAGGGUAGCAAGGGAACGUCCAGCAGAAAGUGGUGCAGACGACGUGGUCUUGAAGAACAGCGCUUUUAUGAAAUGGUGAAGUUGAAGGAACAGUUUCAAGACUUGUUACAUGACCACGGCUUGUUGGAAAAAAAGGGUCACGAUUCCCGUGAGAGAAAGCGCGAAAAUCGUGAUGAACUACGCAAGUUAAGGCGGGAACAUGUCAAAGGCCCGCGAAGACCCAAGAUGCUAAAGUUAGGACAACAUGAAGUAUCCAGCGACGAUGAAGGACCGGAGACCGAUAUACGAGACCUGGAAUUCAAGUUAACUCAUGAUUUGAAUAAACUUCAACGCGGGUCGAACUUGCGACGCUCGUUUACCCUCAGAGAUUUAAAUUUAUUGAAAAUCAUCCUCUGCUGUGGUUUGUAUCCACAAAUGGCGAUACCAGAUGAACACAAUUCCUCUAAGAAUGUUUCCGAGCACGUUUUUCAUACGACAAAUAAACAAUAUUUAAUGCUUCACCCUACCUGUGUUUUUGUGAGUCAACCGGACCUCAUGCGUGCCGAGGAUAAGCCGAGAGCUUCCCGAGAUGUCUCCGACGACAGGCCUAAGACAAGUCUAAUCGCUUCCGACGACUGCCGAAAUGAUCAUGAGUUGAUGUCGUAUGUUUCGCUUCUGGAGACGAGGAAGCCCUACAUUAUGACAGUAAUGCGCGUGCCUGCAUUUCAGACGUUACUGCUGUUCGGACGUACCGUGGACUCGAAUGCUGAUUGCACUCGGCUUGUUGUAGACGACUGGGUCGAGUUGGGGAUCCCGGAUGCAGAGCAUGCGCAGAAGCUUGUCUCUUCUAUGAUUCACCUGAGGGCGACGUGGGAUAUGCUGUUAAAACGGAAAAUCGAGGGAUCCCGGGAAGAGGCAAAGGAAGAUAUAGAAUACCUGGAGUAUGUAUUAUCUAGUAAACUAUCGGAAUUCCUAGACUGUAAUGUAAGCUAUACCGUUAAACGUUUGCAUCAAACUGAUGUUGGGCAUCUCUAUAUUGGUAACCAUGGGGAUGACGUCACCGGUUUCCAUGACGUCAGUAAUGUUGACCUGAACAGCCCGCGAUUUCUCGGCAGCACGAAAGGCAUGUCGGUACACCCGACCAAGGGCGGGAUCAAAGUGAAUGACUAUUUCACCUACAAUGACCUGCGGAGUGAAAUCGAGGCUGAGGCGUCUUCGCAUGCGGCGGAAUUUAUACAAAAACACUGGACAUGUGGGGUAUGUGAGACGAAGAUGGUUGUUACGGUACUCCAGAGGAUAAAACAUGAAAAACAGUGUUCCGCUGGACAGGUUAGUGCUGGAGCCGCCGUUGCAAAAGAGCCGAAACAGGAGACUGGGGAGAGUGGUUUGGAAAAGCUGAGAAAGUCGUAUCACUGCUCUGUUUGCGAAAAAGAGUUCAGUUUUACUGCAACAGAAAUAUUACGUCACAAAAGAUCGCACAGGUGACGAAAACCAGGGUACGUUAACAUUUAAACCCAUUCAAUCGCCUUAUGGAAUCUUCUCUGCCUUUUACCCUAGUAGCCCAAAAGUAUUUGCAUCCAGUUUCAUAUUACGAUUCGUGACAAUGAUUCGCAAGAAUCCGCAGUCACAGACCGCAACAUGAAACUGGACACAAUACUUUUGGACUACUUUUAGGCUACUUUUACGCUGGCAUUAAAAGCGCUUAAAGCAUCGCAAAUGCCUUUACGAUAGGGGAUAGCAUUUUAUGAGAAAUAUUCGCUGUUUCCUUACAUCAAAUGCACAAAAAAUAAUUUAAAA